CACACACUUGCAUUAGACCAAUUCUCAUCUGUGUCAGUUACAAGGAAAGGGAUGGGAUUGUAGGGAGGAGGAAGGAAGAACAAAAAUGCUUACCAGACAACCUUCAUGUGCAGUUGUGCAUUAGUGUGGGGGGGGAGGAGAAGGGAGGAGAAGGGGGAGAGGGCGGCUGGCUGUGCUGGGCAGAGGAGAGAGGAGCAAAUGCAUUGCGGAGGGAGAGGAGGAGGAGGGCCUACAGCUAUUGUUCAUGUCCUCCCGUGAACAAAGGGCUCAUCUGGGUCCGUUUGUAAACCCACAGCAGGCUGCAGCCACUAACAAGGCCUCAUGCGGGACAACACAUAGCCGACUGACUCCCGCAAUCUCGGCUCUCUCGGUCUCAGCCCCGCGGCUCGGAGCACAUAUCGGUGCGUAUUGAUCCCCCGGAGGGACGCUGAGCAGCGGGCCUCUGCGUCGUUACGCACGGAGCGUACACACGGUCGAUCCCCGCAGAUCUGUAAACAUCCACCUCCUGGCUGGACUCCUCUUCAGGCUGUUCCUCCAAGUCAUUCAAGCUGUACUCCCCCAAGGAGCCCCCCAACGGUAGCACUUUUCCCCCUUUCCACCCCGGCACAAUGCUGGACAGAGACGUGGGUCCCACCCCAAUGUAUCCUCCCACAUACCUAGAGCCCGGAAUAGGGAGGCACACGCCAUAUGGCAACCAGACAGACUACAGAAUAUUUGAACUCAACAAACGACUACAGAACUGGACAGAGGAGUGUGAUAACCUGUGGUGGGACGCGUUUACUACAGAGUUCUUUGAAGAUGAUGCCAUGUUGACCAUUACGUUCUGUCUGGAGGAUGGGCCCAAACGUUACACAAUUGGCCGGACGUUGAUUCCAAGGUACUUCCGGAGUAUAUUCGAAGGCGGUGCCACUGAGCUCUACUAUGUGCUGAAACAUCCCAAGGAGUCCUUCCACAAUAACUUUGUCUCCCUUGACUGUGAUCAGUGCACCAUGGUCACCCAGAACGGAAAGCCCAUGUUCACACAGGUGUGUGUAGAAGGGCGCUUGUACCUGGAGUUCAUGUUUGACGACAUGAUGAGGAUAAAGACGUGGCACUUCAGCAUCAGACAACACCGUGAACUCAUCCCCCGCAGUAUACUGGCCAUGCAUGCCCAGGACCCACAGAUGCUGGACCAGCUGUCAAAAAACAUAACAAGAUGUGGCCUGUCGAACUCCACCCUUAACUACCUCCGACUGUGUGUGAUUCUGGAGCCCAUGCAGGAGCUGAUGUCCAGACACAAGACGUACAGCCUCAGCCCCAGAGACUGCCUCAAGACCUGCCUCUUCCAGAAAUGGCAGAGGAUGGUGGCACCACCAGCCGAGCCAUCAAGACAGGCGCCCAACAAAAGGCGGAAGCGUAAGAUGUCAGGUGGCAGCACCAUCAGCGGAGGAGGAGGAACUAAUAACAACAACAACAACAAAAAGAAGAGCCCAGGCAGUGGCUUCCCUCUGUCCAGCCAAGUCCCACUUAAUGCGUCUCCGCAGGACGUGAUGGUGGUGGGAGAGCCCACUCUGAUGGGAGGGGAGUUUGGAGACGAGGAUGAGCGUCUGAUCACACGGCUGGAGAACACGCAGUUCGACGCGGCCAACGGCAUCGACGACGAGGACAGCUUCAACAACUCCCCGGCGCUCGGCUCCAACUCGCCCUGGAACAACAAGGCCCCCUCCAGCCAGGAGAGCAAGAGCGACAACCCCACCUCACAGGCAUCGCAGUAGAGCUCAAGAGCCCCGCAACCUCAACACGAACCCCUCUCUGCCGAUCCUCAGACCCCUUCAAGACCCCGACGGCCACGAGUGCAACAGCAACAGUCCAUCACAUUCAGCACACACACACACACACACACACACACACACACACACACACACAGGCGGCCCGCGGGGGCUCGGCAUGUCUCAGAUAACGUCACUGAGUCAUUGCUGUGACUUCCUCCAUAUUCAGGCACUGUGUCCCACCUCUGUCUCCCUUUUCCUCAUCUCGCGCUACAAAAUGUCCCAUCUGCUCUCGAUAAAAAUGUUCAGUAUGAACAGCGACCGGGUAGACGUGACCAUUGGAGGCGCGGGGAUUUAAUCCAGGGUGAGAACUAUUCACACUAAACCAUCCAUACUGAAGUUGACAUGUAGGGAGGGGCAAGGCGGAGGUGAUGGUGGCAUCGGGGCUUCGAGAUGGUGGCGAGUUGCUUAGGGACCACUUGUCCACCUGUCCUCUAAACAUGGCUCUCAAUUCUGGUCUGCUCUGUCGAGGCACAAGUCACUGGUAAUAUUUGUUAAUAGAGUAUAUGUGUGUGUGUGUGUGCGCGUGUGUGAGAAAUGUGUGAGGAGCGAAAAAGAGGCAGUCUGAUCUUAUUUGUGGCUUUGCUGAAGCAGACGGACCAGAAUUUAGAGUCCGUGUGUAAAACCAUUGAAAUUCACACACUAGUAGGAGAGCUGAAAUGUGGCACUAGGGAAACAUAUAUAUACACACACAGAUACAUAAACAGACCGAUACAUAAACACAAGUCAGCAUAAUGAUUGAAGGAUUUUGAGUCCCCUAGUGCCGGAGCCAUCUCUGAUUAGACUACAAUGGAUGCGGUCUUUCAAACGGAGAGCAUUUACAACACACACACACACCGCACACAUGCACAUACACACAGUUACACAUUUUAAGAGUUUUUAUACAGUAUAUAUUUCCCUAGAAUGUUUUUUAAUUUGUAUUAAAACGCCUUCAUUUCAAUUGUUACUUUUUUAUUUUCUACCAAUACUGAAAAGCUACAGACCAAGGAGCAACACAGGACUUUUAUCCCUCCCCCCUCUAAAAUAUAUGGUUUUUAUCUUUUAUGUUUAUAAAAGAGAAAUAAUUUAGUGUGGAUGUUUUUAUUUUGUCUUUUUUCGUUCCUUUUUUUGGAGAUUUAAAUUUUUGUGUAUUUGUGCUUGUAUAUUUAAGGUAGUAGCAAAGUUCUGUCUGACUGUAAUAAAAUGUAUUCUUACUUAGAUUUACCUAAAGCCAUCCUGAUCUAAUGUAAAGAAACAAAAAUAGGAAAAAGGAGAAAAAACACUCAUGAACCCGUCCCCUCUAUCUUCCCUCCUGCUCUUUCCUCCUCCCUCCUUUUUAUAACUUGUGUAAAUUAAAUUACAAACCUCUGGGGUACAAUGGCACCAUGGAGAGAUCAUUCUACUGUUUUGUUUUUUUUUGUAUUUAUUUUGGAAAUUUUAGAAAUUCACACAUGUAUUUCAUCUAUACAGGAAGUGAUUUUUCACUUAACAUCACAAUUUUUUUGUUCUGCGACUUUCAACUUGAUGUCAAGUGAAUGAUUCAACUGGUGAAUUUCAUAUUUCAUCACUGGCUGAAACUGAUUUCUUUCCAUUAGUUUUUGUCUAAAUGGCCUUCAUUGGUGCAAUGUCUUUCAUAACCACCAGAAUGAUACCAUCAAUCAUCCAAACAUCUUCUAAAGCCAGCUUAUCAUUAAGUUCAGUCUUCAUAUUUGGUAGCAAUGCUGUCUGUAAAGUCUGAUGAAAAAACAGCUGAAGCUAGUUUGUUUUGUACAUUUCCAUUUCCUUACAGUUGAUUCCAGCAACAGUUAUGAGUUUGAAUGGUGACUUGUACCUUUUUCCAAUCCCUGUAGAAAAAUCAUUGUUUGAUAUAUAUUUUUUGAUUUGGUUAGUUUCUGCCCUUGAUAAUUAAUGUAUGGUACCAAUAAAAAGAUACAUUUUCACUUUAA